AUGUUAACAUCAAGUUUAAAGUCAAUUAAUAGUUUGCAUAGUUUAAAUAGAAUAAAUAUCAAUAGUAGUAUAGGUGGUAGUAGUUAUAGUUAUGGAUUUACAAAUAUAUUUUCAAACUCUGUAGAUAAUUCAUUGUUUCAACAAAACAAAUGUUAUUAUGUAUCAAAAGUAGAGAGAGAGUUGCAAAAGCAAAAGCAACAGAGAUAUAAAGCAAUGAUGAAACAACGUGCGGAAAUCUUGGAGAACACAGAUAUCGAUGCAAUUCCAAAAUCUGAUAUUGUAUUCGAUAAGAAAGUACCGAGGUUAGAGUUGAUGAUCGGUCAGAAACAAACGAAUGUUAUUAAGGAAUCUGCUAGGUCACUGUGGCAUAAAAGACAAAAAGACAAUAACAAUAACAGUAAAGAUGAUGAAGUUGAUCAACAAGGAAAGAAUGCACAGUUCAAACAAACAAAGUUUGAACAAAAUGUUUUAAAGACGAUAGAGGAGAGAAACGUUGGAAAGAUCAAGAUUUCGAAACCAGCAAGGGGAAAGACCAAACUGGAUGUAUUGAGAGAUCGAUCAAAGUUUAAACUACCAACCUACUUUCAUUCGAAAUUUGUUUAUGUCGCUUCGGCAAAGUCAAAGGAAUCGUUUAUACCGGAGAAGUUGCCAGAGGUUGCUUUCAUCGGUCGUAGUAAUGUAGGAAAGUCGAGUAUCAUCAAUGCAAUCACACAACGAGGUCAAGCAAAGACAUCGGAUAAACCAGGUUUUACACAGAGCAUCAAUUGGUACGAGUUGGGAUCCACUCUCUAUAUUGUCGAUCUACCUGGCUAUGGAUUUGCAUUUGCCAAGUCACAGAAAGUCGAUCAGUGGAAUCAGUUGACUCUCGAGUAUCUCACCACAAGAAAAUCAUUGAAACGAGUAUUUCUGUUGUUGGACGCGCGACAUGGACUUAAAGAGAGUGAUCAUGAGAUUCUAGAGAUAUUGGAUAAAGAACAUGUAAAAACACAGAUAGUAUUGACCAAAGGUGAUUUAGUUGAACAAAAAGAAAUAGCCAAACGUUUUACCUUGGUGACGGAGGAAUUGAAAAAAUAUCAUCAUACACAGUUACCUGUUAUAUCGGUAAGUUCAAAGACAUUUGGUGGAAUUCCAGAGCUAGCUUCUUUGAUUAAAGGAUUUAAAUUGCGUAAGAAACCAGAGGUAAUAAAGCCAACCCAAGCGCCAGUUGAGAAGAGUCAAGUCAAAAAACCGAAAUCAACAACUUCAUCGACAAAGAAGAAAGAAUUGGUGGCGUCAAAAAAGAAAGCAACUAUUUCACCAGAGAUUCAAAAAUAUAUUAAAAAAUAA